AUGAGUCCUAUUACUCCGACGAGUGAACAGUUGCCUACUCUCUAUGUUAUUGUUGUAUUCACCGUCGUCAUCUUCGCGCUCUGGGUCAUCCCGGGCCUUCGCACCGCCAUCAUACCUCUCAAGUUAUUUACCAUAGGAUGGCACGAAUUCUGCCAUAUCGUCGCCGCUGUGUUCAGUGGUGGCAAUGUUACCCAAGUGACCAUUGACCCGGACAUAGGGGGCGCGACUCGCGUUUCAGGCGGCAGGCCUCUCGCUAUACUCACCGCUGGUUAUGUCGGAUCGACGAUCCUGGGCGGCCUCUUUGUGCUAGCCGGCUUUGAUAUCCUUAUGUCGAAAAUCUUGAGCUUCGUCCUGGGCCUCGGCCUCAUUGCACCCCUCGCAGUCGUUCGAAACAAGCUGACAAUCCUGUUGACGUCGAUAUACGAGGGCCUCCUCGUCGGCUUUUGGUUCAUCGACCAUGGGCAGGCAUUGCGAUGGUAUUGUCUCUUUGUUGGGAUAAUGAAUAUCUUCUAUGUUGUCUGGGACAUUGCGGACGACAAAUACUUCCGCAAAUCCAACGACUCAGACGCAUCACAAUUCGCGAUGCUCUACCCGCGCGUAGCCGCUCAUGCGUGGGCAGCAAUAUGGAUACUCUUCGAGAUCGGCGUCCUCAUCGGCUUCGUGCUCCUCGGUAUUGUCGCCUUCAAGCGCACAAAUGAGCAGAUGUACCAGGAAGCAGCAAAGUUCCUCCCGACAUGA